AUGAGUUCCUCAUCAGUCGUCUACGAAAGUGACACGGCAAGCGAAGAGCGACCUUCACAAUCCACACGGACCAAAAUCCAAGCGAAUUUCCAGAUCGCACGCCCAGCACCAAAAUCAUCCCUACGACUCGCUCCAAAACUCCUAUUGCAAAUUCAACAACUCGUGCCGAAUCACAGACCAGUGCCAGUCCUCGAAAUAUGGCAGCCACCAUUUUGCAAGUCCAAAUUGACGCGCGACUUUCAUCAAAGAUUCAAAUUGAGAUCUGGUGAUAUCUACGCGACCAGAGAUGAGUCCUACAUGACCAGUUCAACUGGACAGAAGGAUCCUUCGAAUUCUUCUUCGGACCUGGAGUCCAGGAACAUCACCGCGGCAAAGGAUAUCGUCACGGCUAUGUGUCAGGAGGAUACAGCUUCACAUAUAUAUUUCCGCGAUGCGCGGUGUAGCUGGCAGGCCAGUGCAGGGACAAUAGGAGCCAGCGCAUCGACGCCGAGUUACCGAUUCACAAUCAAGAAUGAGAAAACAGACCCCGCGGAUCCAGGCAGGAUGGUUCUGCAGUGGGAAAAGCGGAGUAAAGAGAAUGCACCGGCUGGUUCGGUGGACGCGGAACAAUUUGUGCUUCUAUUGAUUGAUCGACAAGCAAAGAGGAAGAGUCGUAUUGCGACCAUGACGAAGAGUGGAAUUGAAAUCAUUGUUCGCAAGACUUCUAUUCUGGACGGGUUGCGGGUGUGUUAUGAUUUGAUGGGGCCUUUGGAUUCCAAUGAGAGGGAUUCAAGUGAGGCGCUGGAAUGUUGGUUAUAUACGAUCACUCUUACGCUGGGCGUAUGGGUUGGGUAUCAGGAAGGGUGGUUAAAUUAG